AUGAAUAAGAAGACACCCAUUGGGCGGCGCCGCUUCAAAGAGGUCGUCAACUACUACAUAUCAAGUGGUCCAAUCACCUCGUAUGUAGCCGGUCUCUUCAAGGUCGGCUUCCCAGAGGCCUACGCCGAGUACCAGGAGGCCUUUGAAGCCGGCCGUUGGAUUUGGGUGAAUGAACCGGAGGGCGCAGGCUGGGAGGACGAUGGACCAUGGCUUAACCGUGCCGUUGUCUGGAAGCUCCAACUUGGCAUGCAUCUAGAUAAAGGUGACGGCGGCCUGACGGUCACGUUUCCAGUGGGUUUCUUCACUGGAGGUGCGAUGGAGCUCCCACAGCUCGGCACAAUCUUUGACAGGUACUUCGCUGGAAAUGUAAUCAUCACAUAUGCCGGCCAGUUUGCGCAUACUGUGCAGGACUGGAAGAUAUCCGAUCAUCGGCUAGCAGCAGAUGGUACACGGAUUGACUGUCCGGAGGACAUCCUCCCUGGACGUGUCGGUUCCGUCUACUUCAACAAGCAGAACGUCUUGAGAUUUUGCCAGGGCAAAACUCGAGGCUUCUUCAAGGCAAAUCCUCUGCAUGUGGACCCACCUCAGGGGAAGAAGAAGGGAGCUAACCAGUCGGAGAAACAUCGACGUCGAUGGGCUCAAUGA